AUGGCUGGCAUGAUCUGCGCUUCCCCUGCAAGGAACGCAUGCAGUGCAGGUCAGCCUGCAAAGGUGAUUGCUGUGCGCCAGGGCGUGAUAUCAGUAUCUGGUGCAAGUGGCGGCCGCAUUCCGGACUGCAACUUGCCGCGAAAGGUGCAGAUCGCGCGACAGUCUUACUCUUCCGACGAUUCCUGCCACAGUUGUGCCCCCCAGCUGCCGAGGUCCGACAUUGACUCUGUCAGCAUUCCAGAGUCGUGCUCCCUAGCCGAUCUUUCCAGUGAGGCUUCCUGUCCGCUGCAGUGUCCAGUCAAGAUGCACCGACAAGAGUCUCCUCCCGGGUCCGGAAAGACCAAUUCCGGCGAGCACACGCCUCUACGUAGGCAGGCCGGUGAGAGUGCACAUGUGGCCUCGAUUGGCAGUCCGAAUAAGCAGCCGCCAAGGCAAGACAAGACAACCGUGCGAGAUGAGGAGCUCACGACGGUGAUGAUGUGCGGCGUGCCAUUUUCCUACACUCGCGACAAGUUGAUCGAUUUGUUCGGUUCGAGGGGGUUCUCGACUCAGUUUGAUUUCAUCCACAUGCCUAUCAAUUUUAGCACCACGCUUGGCGUGGGGUAUGUGUUCGUGAAUUUCAUACCAGAGCAGGCGAAGCGGUUCAUGCGUGCGUUCGAUGGUUUUGACGGUUGGGAGUCAUUUUCCAAGAAGGCUUGCGUGACGCGCUGGAGCGACGACCAGGGUCUUGAGGCAAAUAUCGGCCGGUACCGCAAUAGCCCCAUCAUGGGCGACUCGGUCCCGCACGCUUACAAGCCCGCACUUUUCCGAGACGGCGUGCAAGUACCAUUCCCGGCUCCCACCAAGAAGUUGCGUGCUUUGAGGUGCAAACGUGAGAAGUUGUUGAGUCCUAGUGUUCCUGCCUGGGAUUAA